AAAAUUAUCGUAAUAGCAAAAAUGCCGCCUAAGAGAGGACGCCCUGCGAAAAACAAUAACAAUCGCAGAAACCGUAACGCUGUACCCGAAGAACCACAAGAUGCUCGAGGACAUAACCCAUCCCCUCCGCCUCCGACUAGGAGAGUCGAAGAACUCUUUUUAAGGCAAAAUCCACCUACGUUUGACGGAACGAGUGAACCGGCUGAAGCUGAGAUUUGGGUGCGUGCAAUGGAACGCAUUUUCAACUUUCUACGUUGUACUGAUGAGGAGCGCCUAUCUUGCGUCUCUUUCCAACUAACAGGAUCAGCUGACUUCUGGUGGGAAGCACGUCGAAAAAUUCUGACACCUGAACAAUGGGCAAGUUAUACUUGGGAAGAUUUUAAGACGGGAUUAUAUGAUAAAUAUAUUCCGAAAAGCUAUAGGAAGAAGAAAGAAGCUGAGUUCUACGAGUUGAAGCAAGGAAAUAAAUCUGUGGUUGAAUACGACAAGGAAUUCUGCAACCUGUCUAGGUUUGCUCCGCAACAAGUGGACACAGAUGAGAAGAUGGCAGAGAAAUUUUGUGCCGGUCUACGGUACGAAAUUAAGAUGGCUCUAGCAAGCCACGGAGGACUCUCAUACACGGAGUCUCUGAACAGGGCACUUGACGUUGAAGCUGCAAUGCCGUCGGACAAGUCAGCCCCAUUGUUGAUCUCAACGCCAAAUGAUCCACCAGUAGCCUCACAUACUCUCAAAGGGAAGCGCAAGUGGGACAACAACGAAGACAAUAUCAAUCAGACUAGUAAGAAAGUGUGGCAAGAAUAUGAACGGGCCGAACAGUUUAUUCAACCAAGGCACGAGGCACAGACUAACCUCGAGCGAACUGGGGGUAACCAAGGUCAGAAAGGAGUUUUACCUUGCCCAAAUUGUGUUAAGAUGCAUAGGGGUAUUUGUCGGGCUGGAACUAACGGUUGUUACAAUUGUGGCCAAAAAGGUCACUACUCCACGCAAUGCCCCAAUAGACAACGAGGUUCAGCAGUUGGGAACACCCGCACCCCCUUGCCAGCAAUACGUGGACACUUGCGAAAUCAGCCUCAAUCACAUCAGUGAAAAUCUUAUGGAGACACCGCAGACAAGAAAAGCUACGUGGGAGCUUGAAAACAAGAUGAAGGAAAAAUACCCCGAAUUGUUUUAGCAGAGAUAUGCAAAUUUCGGGACGAAAUUUUUGUUAAGAGGGGUAGUAUGUAGUAGCCCGCUCUUUUAUUUAUGAUAAAAACUAGUAAAUGCAAUUUUUUAUAAAUGAAUCCAGUUUAUGGUUCUGAUUUUUUUAUCAGAGGCAGAGUUAUUAUUUUAGCGUUAUAUUUUUAUAACGUAUGAAAAAAAAAAAAAAAAACGCGACGAGGAUUAUUGAGCAAUCAAUAAUUAUUAUUUCCAAGUUAUAACUGACUUAGCAAAGUCAUGUUAUUUAUUAAUCGAGAAACAGAAGCAGUUAUAUUUUAUUAGUGCUACUAGAAGUCGAGAAAUUAUUCCGACUGCAACGCAAAUUCAAUCUACGGAUUUAAUCUAGAUUCAUAUUACUGUAUUAGCAUCACCAAGGCAUGAGGAUAUAAUUCAUUUAUUCAUCAAUCUCAUUCUCAUACUUUACAAACUCUUAUAACCAAUUACAGUUUCACCUAUCAAUGCUAUGAAGUAGAUACAUGAAUAUGUUAGACAUAUAUGUAAGCAUACAAUCAUCAUUAUUUUUUUCCACUCCCUAAUGUCUCCUACACUAUACACGCAUAAUCUCCACUUCUCCACUCCACCAACUAUCUCCACCACCUUUUGCUUUCUUCCACUACAUUUUUUCUCACCACCCUUUCCACUCCACUAAUUCCACUACACCAAACUUUCCACCUACUCCCUUCCCCACCACACGCAAGAAUGCAUCUAACAUUCCAUUAUACAGGCAACAAUCUUUUCAUCAUCUUCAUUCUUCACUAAGGAACCGAAGAGCAGCCACGAGUUCUGCCAUAAGCACACUGCUCCGGCAGUGUUUUGCAAGGCGAUUCCAGCCAUCCAAAAGGUUCCCAAAAAUUCCCAAAUUAAUUGUGUAUCAUCUUUCAUAUGUUUUCUAUACUUUGGCAAAAUUUCAGAAGGUUUGAAGCUCUUAUGAUUUAUUUAUGAAUUUGUAAACAUCACUGCCCAUCUGGAUUACAUUUUUGGUAAACAAUCUUUGGGAGGCCAUAAGUAAAGUUUCAAUCGGUGAAAACCUUUGAAACUUGAAUAUGUCACUCUAGACUCCCGUAUCUUUCUUUUGACAUCGGCCUCACCAUUUUUGAAUAAGGGAAACAACCGGUAUAAAUUCUUGAAAUCUAGUUCUUAUUCCAUGUACCAUCCAGUAGAUUUUACAAACCUACGACUUUGAGGUGGCAAAGCCCGACUUAAAUCUUUGAUUCUCAAGCCUAGCUUUCUACUGAUUAUUCAAUGACAUGUUGGGAACUUACUUGCUUAGUUUUAGAAUUUUUGGUGAAGCCUAAAGUUGGUUUUCUGAUUUAUGUUAUGAAUCUGCCAAACUUGAACGCUUUUUGUGCACUGAACUUUAGACAGUCAUAUCUUCUAAACCAUGAAUGUUCUUAGAGUAAAUCCAACUGGAGAGUGUUAUGAUCUCUCCCUAGUUUCCAGAUUGACCCUUGGGGUUCCCAGUGGAGUUUUGUAAAGGGAGAUAUGAAUUUUUAAAGAAAGCCCACUGACUUGGUUGUAAUCUGGAAAUCUGAAAUUUUCAGAUUUUUGCUUGUUAAAUACCCAUCUUUGAGAGGGCAUAUCUUGCUCGUUUGAAUUGUUUUUCAUUCGAUUCAAAUUGGAGAAUGAUCCUUGAAAUGUCUAGUUUCCAGAAUGUCUUUUGGAGCAUCAUUUGGAGAUCCGAGGCAGAUUUGGUGUCUGUUGCAAAACAACCCCUUAAGAGCUCAAGUUGUUGAAUUAUUUUCUAUGUAUCAAAGUUUAUUUUAAAGGAUGUUUCAUGAAAGAUUUCGUAUAUGUGCGUAACAAGUUUGGGACUAUUUAUUUUAAAUGAGGUCCGUUCUUUAUUUAAAUUAUGAUGGACUUUUAAUGAAUAUUUUUGGGAUUAAACUCUUAUUUCUUGAUUUAUAUAAAUUAUUUUUUUAAGGACUUAUAAAUAUGAAUUUCGUAGGCCUACUGACCUACUGUGAUCGACGGUUUGUCGAUGUCUAAUAGCUUUGAAAAUUUUAUAGCAAGUCCUGACAUGAGUCUUGAGUACCCUGGUCCGGGCGACAGAAAGUGAAGCCGAAGAAGAAACGACUCCACGCCAGCUUUAAGAACAAUUGAGGUUGAGCUGUGAUGGGCGAUGAAGUGUUGCUGAGUGGAGUUUUUGUCGAACUUAAAGUAGGCUCAGAAAGGAUACAUGUCUUCAUACAUGUAUCACAGUUAUGCUUUCCGCUGUAAACACUGAUUAUUUCAGUUACGCCUUCCGUUGCAAACUCUGAUAAUGUUUUAGCCAAGCCCCUAAUGAUGCCUUUUUCCUUUUAAGGAAUAUAACGCGUAUACAAGUUCUUUGAGUA